AUGUCCCCUACCACAUCGACCGAUUCCUCACGGGUCCUUUGUCCUGAGACCCAAUCCCCCCAGACGGCGCGGCCCGAGGUGACUACUGUGAUGGUCAAGACCCCACGUGUUGCGGCUAUCUCCCUUGACUAUGUCCUGUACAUUGAACCUGCUAAAAACGGUCCUUUGAGCAGGCGCCAGGGUCUUUCCCCCAUCAAAUGGGAGAAGAUAGUUCCUAGUCCUCGCCCCUCGCCAAUGGAGGCGGACAUUGUGUCGUUCACCUGGCCCCAAUUUCAAACGGAAGCCAUCUUACAUUUGGCCAAUCAGCGCGAGGCUCUACAAGCUUUUCUGUUCAAGAAUCUUGACGAGGGGAACCUGCUUUGGCUCGCGUACAUCAAGGACCAUCACGACUACGGUCUUGCAGUCCAGAUCCACGGCGCCACAGAUUUUCUCAACUUCUCUAAUGCUGCGUACAAUGCUUUCACCAGGGGAAAUUUUAGGGCACUGGAUUUCCAGUGA